UCAGAAGAGUUUUGCUAUUCAACGACGAUUAUAGUUAACGGAAAUUUAUAUUUGUGUUGACACAUUCGCACUAUUUGCCAAAAGAACAUACAAAUUUCAACUUUUCUACACAACCAAACGGAAUUUUAAACAACAACAGAGUAAAAUGUCAAACCAAAUCGUUGCCAUCCUUGUCUGCUCCCUCGUCUUCGUCAGCGUUUUGACCACAUGCUAUGCCUCCACAGUGGCACCUUUGUGCCAACCUGGCAUUAUCGAAGAGAUGCCACCACACAUCAAGAAAGUCUGCAUGGCUUUGGAGAACUCCGACCAAUUGACAUCGGCCCUUAAAACCUACAUCAACAAUGAGGCAGCAACUUUAGUUUCAAAAUCUGAAGAUUUUACCAACAACUUGGGCAAGCGUACCGAUGUGGAUCAUGUUUUCUUGCGUUUUGGCAAAAGGCGUUAAAUUCUUUGCAUUGAUGGCCUAGGAAAAAAAACCCACAUGGAAUAUGCUUCAACGACUUCAUACCUGGACUACAUGAAUCAUGAUGCGAACUGGACCACCACAUAAAAUAAAACCAACAAGCGCCCUCUUCUACUACAACAAAAUCUUUACAAAAAUUAAAUUAUUUAAUUUUCUUUCAAAAUUGUAUUCAAUGUCUCAACUACUAUGUAUACUAAAACUUCCCUCAAAAAAACCCCAAUUUAGCAUUGUAAGACUAACAAAAAUUAAGCAAACCAACAAAUAGGAAAAAAAUUAAAGUUGAUCUCUUUGUAAUAUUACAUUUACACCAUUUCCCAUGUAACAAUAAUCAGUAUUGAAAAAUAAAAACAAAAACAAAAAACUUGCACACAUCUCUCUUAAGAGUUUAGCGGAUGCCUAGCACAACCAAAUUCCGCAUUGCACGUCUUCUUAAAAAAACAUAAAAACAAUUAAAUCUUAAAUGUGUAUAUAGAAAAAAUAAAAUGUCUCUUUUUUUAAUAAAAACUAAA